GUGAAGCUUCACUGCCCUGCUUUGCCAUUGGCCAGCUGGAUGACCCAGAGCAACAUGCUUGACCUCCCUUCAGGCUCAUUUUUCAUCUUCAAAAUAGAGUCAUGUGUGACUCAGAGAGUUCCUGGGAUGGAUCUGGACAGUACAUUUUCAAGAUAAAUGAGCACUUUAAUAGUGUUUACCAACCACAGCACAGUUAUAUACGUGAACUUGUGCGAGCCUCACAAAGCCCUAUGUACUAGGAGUUUAUCAUCCACCAGAGGAAGCAGAAGUCAGAGAAGUUCAGGGACUUCCCUGAGGUUACAUAGUUAGGAAAGGGUAGAGCCAGAAUCUGAAGGCAACACUCUGGCUCUAGAGCCUGUGGUUUUAACCUAAUCCAAUUAGCACUGGUUGAUAGAAAGACCACUGUCACUGAGAACAAAGAACAUGACCAAAAUUAUAUAGCUAAUCAGUCAUGGAGGCAGCGUUCAAACCCAGACAGCCGGGCUCCUGCUGUGCCUGGCAUCAGCGCUCUGCUUCCAUACUGAUCCCAUCCCACCCCUUUUCCGGGGUUUCCAGAGGGAUAGUGGAAGACUUAGAAAUUCAGAGAGCCUACACUCCCAUCAGCCCUGCCAAUGCAGAAGGGUACUUCGAGGUUCUGAUUAAGUGCUACCAGACGGGGCUGAUGUCCAGGUAUGUUGAGUCCUGGAGAGCUGGAGAUACAGCUUUCUGGCGAGGACCUUUCGGAGGCUUCUUCUAUAAACCAAACCAGUAUGGUGAGCUCCUCAUGCUGGCUUCGGGCACGGGCCUGGCCCCCAUGGUGCCCAUCCUGCAGAGCAUCACGGACAACGCAGAUGAUGAGACCUUUGUCACCCUUGUCUGCUGCUUCAAGACCUUCGAUAGCAUCUACCUGAAAACAUUCCUGCAGGAGCAGGCCCGUUUCUGGAAUGUCCGCACUGUCUUCGUACUUAGCCAGGAGAGCUCACUAGAGCAGCUUCCCUGGAGUUACCGAGAGAAGACCCACUUGGGCCGCCUGGGCCUGGACCUGAUAGAAGAGGUGGUCAGAUGCUGCCGGAGAAAGCCAUUUGCAUUGGUCUGUGGCUCACCCGAGUUUACCAGAGACAUGGCCAAGUGCUUACUCUGUGUGGGCCUGGCCGAGGACUCCUACUUCCUCUUCUAGCCCUGGCCUUCCUUCCAGAGCCCUGUCCAAGAGUCUGAUACAGGGACACAAGAAGGAUUAGACACCGAAGGAGUCUGAAGGCCUGGCCUGCUGAGUGACCUUGGCCAAGUGUCCUCACCUCUGGGAAUCUGCAUUUCUCAUCUUCCCUGUGGGGUUAUUCUCCAGCUGUGACCUCAUCUUCCUCUCAGGUCUGGUGCUCCUAGGUGUUUAGGAAACCUGGAGAGGGCAAGCGCUCUCUAGAGAGUAUUACCGUGCAAUCCUCAGUGCUGUGAGCCUGAUGUGCUCAAGGCCUUGCAUUCUGUGACCUGACGAUGUCCUCAGGGCAAGGUGUUACCCUCCAUUACCUUUGUCCUGGUCCUAGCCUUUCCCACUGCCAACAGCUCUGCGCUCAGUCUCCCUUCCCUGCCUCAGGAGCCCAGCCCACAGUCCUUUCCCAGCAGAAGAGGCAGAGGAGGUAAACGCCCCACCCUCCUCUGGCAGGCAGCUGGCUCAGCCUGUGCCUUCAGUUCAGUGCCCUGGCGACGGUUGCUAUGGAGAUCUAAAGAUAGAGCAGGAGUCAGGAGACCUGGGUUCCUCUCCCAGCUCUGCCCACCGAGUGGCUGCUGAAUAGGUCCACGCAGCCCUCCCCAUCCACCCUGCACACACAGGGUGUGUGCCCCUGGGCAGCACACGCAGUUACUGUAUUCAGCUUGUCACAGCCUGGGCUCCAGUGUGCUGUACCAGGGCAGGGCCAGGUACAGGCAGCCCCAGAACUGGAAUAAAAGGCAAUGGAGGCUUCAAAUCAGAGAGCCACAGAUCCUGAGUUAGGCUGUCUUUAGUCCCGGAAUUGCAGUCCUCAUGUCAACACUGAAAGUUCAGGAUAUAGAAAUGGGAAGACGGAGACCCAGUGAAGCUAAAUGACUUGCUAAGCACCAACAAGUCCUAUUCAACCCCUGUUCUCAGUUGUGCACUGCUGGUUUUCAGACUGCUCCACGGGGCAUGAGGGCUCCUGGCAGGGAUGGCAGCAGAGGUGACGGCCAGAGAUCUCCAGGCCCCACUUCCACUAGAGCAGCUGUUUUUAUCCCAUUUAUGUGUUGGGGUUUGAAGUAGUUUAUAUUUGUCAGAAAGGAUUUUCCUGUCCUGCUGGAAAUUGCGUGCAGUUGGGUACUAAACUGUCAAGAUAAGCAGCUGAGGGCUGGGACAAAGUUUUAAACUGUUUUACGGGAGAGGUUCCUUGUCAGCAAGGUGUCAGUGUUAGGGAAUUGAUCAUGUUAAAGUAUGCUGUGACACCGCCUCACAGGCUGCAUUCUCCUGG